AUGGGUGCGAAACGAGAGAUCGCCAAGGCCGCGAAAGUUGUCGAGAAGGUCGCCGAGGUGGCGACGUCUGUGGCGGAGGCGGGCAAGCUGGUCCAGAUCAUCGUCAGCAUCGACCCGAGUGCGGAGGCGUUUGCGUUCCUCCGCGGCUUCGACUACAUCGGCCCGCCCCUCGGCCAGCAGAUCGCGCAGGACGUGGGGGCGCGCUUCCCGGAGUUCUACGACGUCGCGAAGCACGCGGUCGUCCCGGGCGGUUCUGCGCGCGGCCUCAAACACAUCUUCCCGGACAAAUUUUCUGGCCAGGCGCCGUCCGAAGAGGAGCUUGCGAACCUCGUGAGGACGCUCAUGGCCACCGCCCCGAGCCAUCUCUCGGGCGAGUUCGACAAGACGUUCCACCCAGGCAGCGCGACCCAUUGCUUGUGCGAGUUCGACAAGUUCGUGCGCUUCCAGAAACGGCCGCGCCGCCGCCCAAGGCCGCCGGGCGCACCGCCGCCACAGGCCGCGCGACGAGCGACGAGCCCGAGGCCCAGGUCGCGGGGCGCGCCGCCGCCGCAGGCCGCGCGACGAGCGACGAGCCCGAGGCCGAGGCCGCGGGGUUCGCCGCCGCCCAAGGACGUGGAUUCUGGCCGCCCUUUGUAA